AUGAAAACACGCCAGAAUAGAGCCGAAGACCCCGAGCCAGCAUGUGGCUCGCACAGCUUCCUAUGGCACGACCGGUUACCUGCUGCGAUGAGAGAGGCAUGGUUGGCCUCACCGCAAGAUACCCCGACGCCAGAUCGCCGCUUUGAUCUGGAAAAGAUGUACCCGCAACGCGUCAAGCCGGAGGACAUCGAAUGUCCCCGAGACGGAUAUGUUUAUCUUGCCUGUCCCGGACCUAGAAGGAAAUGCCCAUAUCACGGGUAUCACGUUGGCCACGACGAUUGCUUCGUGAUAGCUAUUCACGGCGACUGUUCGAACAACGGGAAGCCUGAUGCUCGUGGAUCGAUCGGUGUCUACUGCGGAGAUGAAAACGCAUACAACGUCAGCGAUACUCUACUCCUGGAUGAUGAGCGGCACACAAAUCAAAUUGCGGAGCUGGAGGCAUGUUCUCAGGGGCUUGUGGCGGCGAUGAGAAUCAUGAAGGAUCGAGUAGCUCAUGUAGGCACGUCGUUCAUUUUCGUGAUCAAGUCGGACUCAGCGUAUGUGGUCCGAGGAUUGACAGAGUGGCUUCCCAAAUGGCAAAAGAAUGGUUGGAAGAAUUCGCGAGGUUCACCGGUUGCCAAUGCGCAUUUGUUCCAGACGAUCGAAGGUUACGUUAAAGGGCUGGAAACGAUGGGUAUGGUCGAGUUCUGGCUGGUACCUCGGACGCUCAAUCAGCAUGCUGAUAAGUUGGCGAACAAUGCGCUCAAAUAA